AUGCAUCGCACUUACUCUAUGAGAAACUCCAGGGCCCCUACUGCCUCGCAGUUGGCCGCCCCUCCACCACCUCCUUCCACAACCAAGACCAGCAAGUUCUUUGGCCGUGGCUCCAUCACCAACACCCUGAGAAGAUCCACCGCCGGUUCUUUUGGCCCUGAAUUGGCCAAGAAGCUGUCUCAAUUGGUCAAGAUGGAGAAGAACGUGAUGAGAGCAAUUGAGCUUUCCGCCAAGGAGCGUAAGACUGCUGCUAAGCAGCUUUCCCUGUGGGGAGCCGAGAACGAGGACGACGUUUCGGACGUUACCGACAAGUUGGGAGUCCUCAUCUACGAGAUUGGUGAGCUCGAGGAGCAAUUCAUCGACAGAUACGAUCAAUACCGUAUUACCCUUAAGGGUAUCAGAGACAUUGAAGGAUCUGUUCAGCCUUCGCGUGACCGCAAGCAGAAGAUCACCGAACAGAUUGCUUACCUCAAGUACAAGGACCCACAAUCCCCAAAAAUUGUUGUUUUGGAGCAGGAGCUUGUUCGUGCCGAGGCUGAGUCGCUUGUCGCCGAGGCCCAACUCUCCAACAUCACCAGAGAGAAAUUGAAGGCUGCCUUUGUAUACCAGUUUGACUCCAUGAGAGAGCACUCUGAGAAGCUUGCAUUGAUUGCCGGAUACGGUAAGGCCUUGCUUGAGCUUUUGGACGACUCCCCAGUUACUCCAGGUGAGACCAGACCAUCUUACGAUGGUUACGAGGCAUCCAAGCAGAUCAUCAUUGAUGCCGAGAACGCAUUGGCCUCCUGGACUUUCGAGACCGCCCAGGUCAAGCCUACUCUGUCUAUCAGAAGAACUGAGGAAUACGUUGAUGAAGACGACGAUGAGGAGAUGGCCGAGACUGAGCAGCAAUGGGCCGAUGAACAGAAGGUGGCUGCCUAG